AUGCCUGAAAUGUCUUGCAAACAUGCGAACCAAUUCUUCACACAGAAGACAAAUGAAAUUGCAUACAAAAAUAUCAUUAACCAUCUUGCUUUUCCAAAGUCCCAGCGUGGAUUCACUCAUAAGGCUUCAUUAUGUUGCACUUUAUGCAAAACACGAGGUGAAGAUUUUGACGUUUGCAAUAAAGAUUUGAUAAGACCUAGAUGUUUGCUCGCAUGUGCUCAUUGUAUUCAUUUCGCUUGUUGGGAUUAUCGUCAUAUAUAUUUACACAGAGAAGAUCAUCCUGAUCAUUAUCUUUCUGUUUGUACAGAACGUGGUGAAUUAUUUUGUACUGGUUGUGGGGAUUUUGUCUACCAUUCUGUGGCUGAAAGUUUUCAUCAGUCUGCAUGUCGCACUUAUUUAGCUCAAUUUGGUUUAUCCAAUCGUUAUUGGAGACCAUCGUUUAAUGAAUUACGUCUAAUACCUCAUAUCACUCCAGUAUUACCCUUAACUGUAAAUGGCUGUUCUGGAGCUAUGCGUGGUCUUAUCAAUAUGGGCAAUACAUGCUUCUUAAAUGUUGUCAUACAAGCGUUGACGCAUACACCCGUUUUACGGGAUUAUUUAUUGGCUGAUUUACAUAGGUGUUCAAGUCCAACUCGAUCACGUAACUGUUUAGCUUGCGAAAUGGUUCGCAUUACACAAGAGUUAUAUAAACCCGUUGUUACUCCAUUUGUACCAAAUAAUCUACUGUAUGCAAUUUGGUUACAUGCAAGUCAUUUAGCUGGUUAUGAACAACGGGAUGCUCAUGAAUUUCUUAUAACAUUAUUGACUUUAAUACAUGGUCAUCUUGUUGGCGAGGAAUCACCACACGAUCAUGAAGAGAAUUGUACAUUGACUGGACAAAAACUUAUCAAUGAUCAACAACACUCUUCUAAUCCAAAUGGUAAAUUUAUUAAUACAAAUCACAAUUUACUACAUCAUCAUCAGCAUAAUAGUAAAGUGAUUAGAGAAACGCCAAAAAUAAUCAAUUCAACUGAAUGUAUUCCACAACCGGAUUCAAAUUCACAAGCAUCAUCAGUAUCUAGUUCUCGAGAAAGUUCCGAUUCUUGUGAUUGUAUUGUUCAUCAGGUGUUUUUUGGUGAUUUGGAAUCUGUCAUAUCAUAUGAAGGUUGUGAGCAUAGGUCAUCAACAGUAGAUCCAUUCUUAGAUCUUUCAUUAGAUGUAAUUCAACGUGGUUCUACAUCAUUACAAGCAUGUCUUGGAUCCUAUUUUCGACCAGAAUUAAUUGAUGGUUUAAUAUGGUGUUCACAAUGUAAUAUUGGUCGACCGGCUGUUAAACAAUUCAGUUUACUUCAUUUACCUAAUGUUUUAUGCUUUUAUCUCAAGCGUUGUCAUCAUGAUACGAAAAUAAAUACAUCCAUCACAUUCCCUGUUGAAUUGGAUAUGGCUCCGUAUUUACAUCAAAUUGUCGGCGAUCAAUCAGCUUGGUAUGAUAAAUAUUCUCUGUAUGCUGUAUUAAAUCAUAGUGGUCAAACUAAUUCUGGUCAUUACACAGCUUAUAUACGUGUGGGUCCUGGUGCUUGGUGUUUAUGUGAUGAUCAAAAAGUUGUAUCAGUUAAUUUAAAUGAUGUUUUACAUACAGAUGCAUAUGUAUUAUUGUAUCAUAAGAAUUUAUUAGCUGUACGCAUUUAAAUUUAUCUCUUCCCUUACUUGUUCUCUUUUCUGUCUCUGUCCUCCCCUUCUCCCUCCCUCUUUCUCUUGGGUAUUUCUUCAAUUUAUUCUUCUCUUUCUCUUAGAAACUUCUUCUACCAAAUUAUCCACCCCCUCUCUUUCUCUCUCCC